AUGCUAUACGAACGCGCGUCUGGCAACGGCUUAGUAGCCUUCGCAAUCGUGUACCUUACGUUUUUCCUUGACAAUGUUCUACUCACAGUACUUGUUCCGAUUAUUCCGGAUUGGGUCCGCGGCGAGUCACUGGCGCUUUGGGCCACGCAUGAUGCACCGCUAAUGAAGUUAUUGAACACCACAGUGAACCAAAUUACCAACGCUGACGAAGAUGAAGGUGUGGGUGGAUCGCAAGCAGUGGUCGGUGCUGUGUUGGGUGCGAAGGCGGCAGCACAAUUGCUAACCGCGCCAAUGGCCGCCAAUGCAGUCACUCGUCGCGGCCCAGCCCCCGUACUUCGAGCAGGAACCAUACUACUGGCUAUUGCUGCAACAGUAUUUGCGUGGUGUGCGCGAAGCAGUACUGGCGUGGUGGGAGCGGGCCUGGGGCGGAUCAUACACGGCACAGGAUCAGCGUUGGCUGGUGUAGCUGGACUUGCACUUGCUGCAGCUCUACCUCCGCCGCGCCGCGACCGUGCUGUGGCUGUGCUGCUUGGGGCUAUUGCACUAGGAGUUUUAGUUGGAUAUCCGUUUGGAGGUUCGGCAUACUCUCUUUGGAGUUCUGCAGCGCCUUUUCAACUCGUUUUCCUGGCUUUACUGGUGAACCUUGGGUUACAAUAUUUCUUCUUAUGCGAAGACAGUUACCAAAUCCAAUUAAACCAAGAGAACAAUAAUGACAACGUUAACUACGCGAAACCGGAAUCAAUAUGGCGCGUGGCUCGCCGCGGCGCUGCGGCAGAAUGCGCGGGAGCCGUGCUGUUCACCACCAGCAUUAUGGCAGCAUUAGAACCAUGCCUACCAUUGUGGAUGCUAAAGAAAUUUCACCCGAAGCGAUGGCAAACGGGGGCCGCCUUCUUACCGGACAGUCUGGGAUACUUGAUAGCUACAAGUUCAUUGGGAGGGGUUACGAAGUGUUUCGGUGCUGAGAGAGUGGCGCUGGUGGGACAGGUCUCCGUUGGGCUGGCGGCUCUAGCUGUCCCGUACGCCAGAUCCAAUAGAGUAGGUAGAGAGGAGCGCCAUGGUCGCUUCUCACUCAAAUUAUUGCCUCUAAGUUUUAAUUUCGAGCAAUUUAUGAGAACAAUGAGUACUAUUUGA